AUGCAACAAAUAAAUUAUUCCAAUGGACACACCAGCUGCGAGACGAAUUAUAAUUUGCCGAAAAUCAUUAACGCGAUGCCUCGUGGAAUGGCAUUGGCUGUGAUGGUGCUGAUCUCUAUCAAAGCCAAUGUCUCGUCGUUGCGGCGGGCCGAGCUGGUCCUCGGAUCCGACGAGAGAGACGAGAGGCAGAGAGCGUUGUCGUCGGUUCUCUUGCAGGUUUGA